AUGGUCCUAACAAAGCAGGCACGUCUUCGCAACCCGGACGACUUCCCAACCCUUCAACUCUUCCUCCUCGCCAUUGUUCGCCUUGCUGAGCCCAUCGCCCUCACUUCCAUCUUUCCCUAUGCCUGGGCUCUUGUCAAGAGAUUCAAGAUUGGAAACGAGCAAGAUGCCUCCUUCUACUCGGGUCUCCUCAUCUCAUCCUUCGCCCUCGCCGAGGCCCUGAUGGGCAUGUACUGGGGCGGCUUGUCGGAUCGCAUCGGCCGCAAGCCCGUACUGAUCCUCGGCUGUGUGGGAACCAUGUUCAGCAUGAUCAUGGUGGGAUUUGCUUCCAACAUCUGGGUCGCCUUGGCCGGGCGUGCAAUAGGAGGCCUUCUCAACGGCAACAUUGGCGUCAUCCAGACCAUGGUCGGUGAACUUGUCACCAAGCCUGAGCAUGAGCCGCGCGCCUUCUCCGUCAUGCCUUUUGUGUGGAGCAUUGGAACCAUCGUGGGCCCUUGCAUUGGUGGAACCUUUGCUGACCCUCACGAGUCUUGGCCCAAUGCUUUCCCCAAAGGCUCCUUGUUCGAGCGAUAUCCCUACCUCCUGCCCAACCUCGUAUGCGCUGCUCUCUUGUUCGUCAGCAUCGUCAUGGGAUUCCUUCUCCUAGAGGAAACCCACCCUGAUAUGCAACCUCGAGUUCUACUCCCCGCAGAUACCUACGUUUCAGAAGAGACACCGCUGCUCGAGACUUCAGACGCCAUCAAGCGACCAGCAGUGGACCUUCGCGCGGAGACUUAUGGAACCAUUCGAGACAGCAGCAGCAGCGACGAGUGCCCGCAGCGAAGCUCCAACGAGAUGCCUACGGAAAAGACGAAGCCUGCCCCUAUCUGGAACCAGCGCAUCGUCGGCUUCAUCCUGUCUCUGUGCAUCUUCACCUACCACUCAAUGACCUACGAUCACCUCAUGCCAAUCUUCUUUGAAGAUGAGCGUGUUUCGGUAAAUACUCUCUCCAAACUCGGUGCUUCUUCACCCUUCUACUCUCCUGGUGGCUUGGGCCUUUCCCUUCGCGAAGUGGGCAUGAUCAUGGCUGUCAAUGGAGUAAUCGCUCUCUUUGUCCAGGCCGUCAUCUUCCCCUUGGCAGCGGAAAGGUUCGGUGUGUUCCGACUCUUCCUCAUUGUCACGGUUCUACACCCCAUCAUCUAUGCCAUUGUUCCAAUGCUGCUUUUCGUCCCCGAAUCCUUGCUCUUCCCCGCCAUCUACCUAUGCCUUGCCGUACGCAACGUCCUUUCCAUCACACUCUACCCCCUCCUCCUUAUCCUAAUCAAAGGAGCUACCCCUUCCGCGAGUGCCCUGGGCAAAGUCAAUGGCUUAGCCGCCAGCGCUGGAGCUGCUUGUCGCAUGAUUGCACCGCCAGUCGCAGGCUACCUCUACACGUUGGGCAGCCAGGUUGACUGCACUGCCUUGCCAUGGUACGCCAGUUCUCUGGUCGCCAUUGCCGGCGCUAUCCACUGCUUCACCGUUCCCCGCGAUCGUGAUUGCCCGCGAUCAAAGGACGACGCUGAGCGACAAAUUAUCCCUGCCACCCCCGCUGAAGUUUCAGUUGAGGAUGUGGAGUGAAUAACAAUCAUAAAAUGAUUUUUGAUUAGAAAAGAAGAAAAGAAGAGAAGAAAGAACAGACAAAAAAAGUCUCUUACAAACGGCAUCCUCCCGGUAGGAGCUGUCACAUUCCUAAAGAAACGCCAUCUGCAAGUAGCAGUGGCGGAUUAGUUGAUUUUGAUUAACAGGUUUUACGCACGAAUAAACGGCGCUUUUCAAGGGGACGAGGCUCGGAUGGCUGUAUACCCAAUGACGCAUGUUGAUAUUGGCUGAUGGUAUAUUUGGGUGCGAUCCCUUGGGACAACAUACAGAUGAUAUUCAAGAACUCGCACAUAUCAAUUUUUGUAUCUACAUUUGGAGUUGGUUGCAUUUGUUGGAGUUUUGGGGGGGCUCGGAAAAGUGUAUUUUGAUACCAUAUAUAUUUCUCUCUCUUGUCCUCAAAAAAUGAAGGGGACUAGAUAGUUUUAGAGAUUAGAAAGAUAGCAAUAACAGUGCUGUUUGCAUAAGUA